AUCUUAGCUGUGUUCCAUACGCCCAUCUAGAAAAAGCGACGAUGGUCAAGAUUAAAUAACUGUAUUUGAAAAACCAAAACCGCGUCACCAACUCCAAAGCCAUUACCAUUAGCCAUCACUUUCCAUCUUCCAGCUGUUCGAAUCAGGACGCCCCUUUUUCUUCACCAAACCCAUCGGCCGAUAACGAACCUUCCUCUCUGACUGCCUCUGCUCUUACUAUAAAUACAACCAAUACGACCUCAUCCAAAACCCAACAAACCUAAGCUCAAAGCCCACCAAAAAGAAAACAAUCACUUAGCAAUGGCGAUGAUCAGUUACUCCACCAUUGUGGUUGCUCUGCUUGCUUCUUUUAUGAUUUGCUCUGUUUCCGCCAAUUUUCAACGAGACGUAGAGAUAACUUGGGGAGACGGACGUGGACAGAUCACAAACAACGGCGAUCUUCUUACACUCUCUCUCGACAAAGCUUCAGGCUCAGGAUUCCAAUCCAAGAACGAAUAUUUGUUCGGUAAAAUCGACAUGCAGAUCAAACUCGUUGCCGGAAACUCCGCUGGAACUGUCACCGCUUACUAUUUGAAAUCCCCUGGAUCUACAUGGGACGAGAUUGACUUUGAGUUCUUGGGAAACCUAAGUGGUGAUCCUUACACACUUCAUACUAAUGUCUUUACGCAAGGAAAAGGCGAUAGAGAACAACAAUUCAAACUCUGGUUCGAUCCCACUAGUGAUUUCCACACUUACUCUAUCCUCUGGAACCCACAACGCAUCAUAUUCUCCGUGGAUGGAACUCCCAUAAGAGAAUUCAAGAACAUGGAAUCUCAAGGAACUCUGUUUCCUAAGAACCAGCCAAUGAGAAUGUACUCUAGUCUAUGGAACGCUGAAGAAUGGGCCACAAGGGGUGGUCUCGUCAAAACCGACUGGUCUAAAGCUCCCUUCACUGCUUCCUACCGCGGCUUCAACGAAGAAGCUUGCGUCGUGAUCAACGGCCAGUCUUCAUGCCCUAACGUGUCAGGACAAGGGAGUACUGGUUCGUGGUUGUCUCAGGAGCUAGACUCGACGGGUCAAGAACAGAUGAGAUGGGUACAGAAUAACUACAUGAUUUACAAUUACUGUACGGACGCUAAAAGGUUCCCUCAAGGUCUUCCACGCGAGUGCUUAGCUGCGUAAAGCUUUUAAACAAAUGAUCCAAAGCCAUGAAAAGUAAUACUAUUCUUUGAUUCAUCUUAUAAAGUAUCUGAUGUUUGGUUACAUCUGUUUUUUAUUUAUUCUAUGUAAGUAUAUUUGUAUUCGAAUAUUGAUCAAUCACUUUACCAAAAUAAAACAUUUGAACGUACGAUCAGAAAAGUUUAAGUCAUAGACCUCAACGAAAAGUAAAAACG